AUGCAGGGUCGGCAUUGCGCUUUACUUUUGCUGUCCGUUUGGGGUUAUGCCCUAGUCUCUUGUAACGACUUUGAUCCAGUGAUCCAACCACUUGACGACCGGUCUGGCAGUACCUUUGACUUCAUAACACUAUCGGGACCAGAGGACUAUGUUGCCGAGCCUCUGUCACUGUUUCCGAUCUCUAGUGGGGGGGCGAAAGACGGCCUGAAACGAGAUGAAGGCCGUGUUCCAACCAGUUCAAGACCAAUCACCCUCGGCAAAAACCGUGCAGACGAGUAUCGUCAAGAUCUUUCCGCCAACAAUGAAGAGCAGUCCACCGGUAACCAGCUUCUGUCACUGUUUCCCCUCGCUCCUGGGGGAGCGAAAGCCGAGCGCGAACGAGGCUGCAACCCUCUCGCUGGGGAAGGCCAUCUUACAAACGGUCUAGGACCAAUCAUCCUCGCCGAAAAACAUGAAGACAAUAAUUUUCAAGUUCUUCUCGACGAUAAUGACCAGCAGUCAACCCAUAACGAGCCGAUGAGAGGAAAAGACAGCCAGAAAAAAGUUUGCGACAAUCUCGCUGAGGAAGGCCAUGUUCCGAAUCGUCGGGGACCAAUCAACACCGGCAAACAACAUGCAGAAGAUCUUUUCACCAACAACCAACAGCAUGGAACCUCUGAAGUAGCUGCCAUCGUCACGGGGGGAGGAACGAACAGUAGGAAACGAGAUCGGAAUAUUCUUUCUCAGGAAAACCAUGCUCUAAACCGUCCAAGACCAAUUGAACUCCAUGACAAUGUUUGGUCAUACCCUCAACAUUUCCUUUCCAACAAUAGACGAAACCCUUAUGCAAACCGCGAAUUUCCGAUCUCGACAAGGAUGAAUUCACAAAAUCACGAAGGGCCAGGCUCGGUAUCUCGGAAAGCACCUGCGCCUCGGGAUUUGCUAGCUGAAACGUCUUUCCGUGAUUCUGAAAAGACCACAUUUGAUCCGCGUUUGGGCUCUCCCUCUGAGCAAGCAAAAUUUUGGAACAAAUUGUCAAAGCGAUCUCUAGAGUGGACACCACCAACAAUUAGCGAGGGAGCUAAGCUUGCUGCACAUUUCAUGGCGAUUCACUUUCAACGAGCCCUGUCAAACAUUCCCGGGAGUUUUGUAUUGGAAUAUUUACACCAAUCAAAUCAGAUCUUGAUUCCGUUUGCCUACAGAUUAUUGAUGAAACCGCUUAAGACUGAGAACUGGGCAAGGAUCCUUCUGGUAUGGCGUAACCUAUGGAUUGAGGAAACGGAUAGUAUUGCAACUAGAAUUAGAAGGCAAUCACUCGGUGAAGUCUUGAAGAAGUUCCUUUGGAUCUCGAAUUUCAUCUGUGAAUCGACACUGCCUGAAUUAUUUCGAACAAACUUGGUAUCGGUAAUCAAUGGCAAUCGGCAAACCGACAUGGACUACUUGAGAAAACUCCUAGUUCAGGAAUGCUACGAAGGAAAUCAAAAUUUGGUCGAAGCUGCGUCGUGGGAAUCAAAGCCUUCAGUCUGGAGCUUGGUACUGACUGAAUUGAAGACGCAAGCAUUUCCAAUCACUCCCAAACCUGAGGAUAUUGCGAAAGUAGUCCAGGACUUGGAGCCAACGUAUCUCUUCGGCGAAGCCACCUGGGGUCAUAUAGUUGGGACAUCAGAUCAACUGCUACCUAUAAGCAGACCAUGCUGCCACCUCAUCAAAUUACCCGGAGGACUCAAGACAGAGCUUAAAAAUCUCUUUGAAUGCACUGGAUUUGAUCAUUUAGCGGACCUUCAAUCGGAUUUUGGCUCCUUCAAUACAUAA